CCUCAUAUCCCCGCUUCUCAGUUCUCACUCUCUCUCCCCUCGCCGGCCCUGAGGUUCACUUUUCGGCGCCGACGCCUCACCCUUCCUCCCCCUCCGCCCUUCCCGGACGCCUUGCCUCUUCUUCUCAGGUGGAGAAAGAAUGAAGGCUAAGAAGAAGAGCUCUCUUCCAGCAGACUCGGCGAAAGAGCAACAGAAGAAGCAAAAGGGGAAGGGGAAGAUGAAGGUGAAGAUUCCCGAGGCGAAACAGGAGCAACAGAAACCGGAGGAGGAAGUUGACACUGAUUCUGUUUACGAUUCCGGAGCUGAAGAUGAGUGGACUCCGUCAAAUCUUGAGGAUAUGUCUGGUAGUGAAGGAUCUGACUCAGAGGAUUCUCCAUCAAUCAGAGACACAGACUCAGAAGAUGAAGAGAGAGGUUCCUCCGAAAAUGAGGGUGAGCUCAACCCCAGCGUAAAUGAUGGUUUGGACAUUGAUCAUGGUAAUGAGGAGGAAAGUGAUAGUUCUGGACUGCAUGAAGAAGUCGAAGAAAGUGAUUCAUCUGAAGAUGAGGUUGCUCCUCGAAAUACAAUUGGGGCUGUUCCCUUGGAGUGGUAUCGGGAUGAGAAACAUAUUGGUUAUGAUAUCACGGGGAAGAAGAUUAAAAAGAAGGAAAGAGAAGAUAAAUUGCAAUCCUUUCUUGCUAGCGCUGAUGAUUCCAAAAAUUGGCGCAAAUUUUUGGAUGAAUACAAUGAUGAGGAAGUAGAAGUGACAAAGGAAGAUAUUAAAACCAUAAAUAGAUUACUUGAAGGAAAGGCGCCACAUGGGGACUUUGAUCCAUAUGCGCCUUAUGUUGACUGGUUUAAAUGGGAUGACUCAAAGCAUCCACUGUCAAAUGCCCCUGAACCCAAGAGACGAUUCAUUCCUUCAAAAUCUGAAAGUAAACUGGUGAAGAGGUUAGUAUUAGCAAUUCGGAAGGGUUUAAUUAAGCCUAGAAAGGACGAAGAAGAGGAAGAAGAAAAUGUUUAUCCCUUGUGGGGAGACGACUCUAAUUCAACAGAAAAGGACGGUAGCCAUUUAUCUUACAUUCCAGCGCCAAAGCCAAAAUUGCCAGGGUAUGAGGAGUCCUUCAAUCCUCCUCCAGAAUUCAUCCCGACACAAGAAGAGAUUGAUGCUUAUCAGUUAAUGUAUGAGGAAGACCGCCCUAAGUUUAUACCGAAAAGGUUUACAUCUAUGAGAAGCAUCCCUGCAUAUGAGAAUGCUAUUAAGGAGUGCUUCGAAAGAUGUUUGGAUCUAUACUUGUGCCCCAGAGUUCGUAAGAAACGUAUCAAUAUUGAUCCCGAAUCUCUGAAGCCCAAGCUACCAAGUCGAAAGGAUCUCAAGCCAUAUCCUGUGAAAUGUUAUCUACAGUAUAAAGGUCACAAAGAUAGAGUUACAUCAGUUUCCACAGAAGUUUCAGGGCAGUGGAUUGCAUCAGGUUCAUUGGAUGGAACUGUGCGUAUUUGGGAGGUUGAAACUGGUCGAUGCCUCAAACUCUGGGAGAUUGGGGAAGCUGUCACACAUGUAGCUUGGAAUCCCAAUCCUGAUUAUUCCGUACUGGCUAUCUCUGUGGGACAUGAUGUACUUAUUCUCAACACUGGUUUUGGGAAUGAAGAAGUACAGCAAAAAACUAAAGAACUUCUUUCUGCGGAAGCACCUACCACAGCAGAUGACAAGGCUACCUUCGUGAACUGGAUUCAAGAUGAAACACAUAACGGCACAAGGUUAAGACAUUUUAAGACUGUGUCUUCAGUGGAAUGGCAUCGUAGAGGAGACUACUUUUCAACUGUGGUGCCAGCAGGCCAAUCAAAAUCAAUUUUUAUGCAUAGGCUCUCUCAGAAGUCUACCCAGACAUUUUCUAUCAAGUUGGGCGGGCUUGCAGUUACUUCAGUUUUCCAUCCUGUUCGCUCCCACAUCUUCAUCUCUACAAAGAAAACUAUUCGCCAAUAUGAUUUGGUGAAGGGAAAGCAAAUCAGAAAGCUUGAUACUGGACUAAAAGAAAUCUCCUCCAUUGCAAUUCAUCCUUCUGGUGAUCAUGUAAUUGUUGGUAGCAGAGAAGGAAAAUUUUGUUGGUUUGACAUGGACCUUUCAACUAAAAAACCUUACCUCAUUCGCCAGUGGCAUAAGAAGGACAUCAACAAUGUGGCUUACCAUCGUUUGUACCCGUUGUUUGCAACAUGCUCUGAUGAUUGCACUGUACAAGUUUCUCAUGGCAUGGUUUAUUCAGAUCUUAACCAGAACCCUCUUAUAGUUCCACUGGAAAUACUCCGAGGUCAUGCAAGCUCAGAUGGGAGAGGUGUAAUGGAUUGUAAAUUCCACCCAAGGCAGCCCUGGUUAUUCACUGCCGGAGCUGACUCGGUGAUCAGACUUUACUGCGAUUGAGAAAAGACAUCAAACUGCUUUGACACACACUACGCAGUACUUAUUGAUCUAGCAUCAUUAGUUGGAUCUUCCGUGCUCUAAAUACGCUGUUCAUCUUUCUGAUGUCUGUAGUUUUGUUCGAUCCCAAUUUUGACAACAUACAACGUCCUAAUUAAAUUUGUUUUCGUUUUCUAUAUAUUUACUUGUAUCGAUAAGUACUGUAGUUACAUCAUUUGCACUGGAAGUCUGGAAUUGAUGGUGGUUGGGUUUCAUGCAGUCCUUUAGGGAUGUCGUGCACUUAUAUGUAUUGGAUUCUCGAUUAUGUCAAGUAUACAUAUAUCAU